AUGAGCGGUGAAGUGGCAUCCCCGCCCAGCACGGCCAACUCCAAGCAAGAAGAAUCCACCAGUCCCAACGCACCCGGCACAGCCAAUACCGACAACCAGGGUGCUACCGCCUCUUCACGCGAGCGAGGUUCCCAGGCGAAUCUGGCCGGGACGCUCAGCCGCAAGGGAUCGGUUCGGAUACUGAACAAGGCUGCACCUCCUCCCGCGGGGCCUUCACAGCCAGCCCCGGGCGAAGCUGCUCCGCCCACGAAUGCCAUCGUCUACGAAAACACUUACAAGCUGAAGCCCGACCGCCUGUGCGUCUGCACUAAUGUAUCUGCGACCGCUGGCGCCGAUAGGUUCGGAACAGAGCUUGUCCGAAAGAUCGCCGCCGAGCAACUGACCAAGCAACUCACCAAAGUCAAGUACAGUCCCGACAAGGUGCCGGAGCUGUGCAAAUCAAUCGCCAACGAGAUCCUUGUUUCCGUGAAAAAAGAAGCGGGUGAGCGAGCAGCUCAAGAACACAGGUUCGCCGGGUUUGGCCAUGUUGGAGCCGUCGCACCGCCUCGAUUGCAUCUGACUGCUUUCCGAAUGGUGCUGCAAGCAGAGCUCGAGUUUGAACGCUACAAAUUUGUCGUCGAUGUCACCAUCGGCGAGUUCAAGGGUCAAGGCAUCCGUGUUGCCUCCAGAGCAGUCUGGGAUGCGACAACAGACUCGUAUGCAUCCGCCUCGUUCCGCAACGCCACACUCUUUGCCGUUGCGAUGGUAUUCGGCUGCUACUAUGAAUGAAGACAGCGGCCCUCCCCUGGAGUGUGGUUGCCCAGGGCAUAAAUCUACGCACUUGGUUCAUCAAUCUCGGUUGGGUUGAGGUGC